AUGAAUUUUAACUUAUUACCUAAUGAAAUCUUACUUGCUUUCUUCGAUUAUUUGAAUGGUAAUGAUCUUCUUCAUACAUUUUAUGGUCUCAAUGCUCGUAUCAAUGCUUUUCUCUACAAACAAUAUCAAUGUUAUUACUUCAAGUUCUCCGUACUGUCCAAACGUAAUUUUGAUAUAAUAUAUCAACAACAUAUUCCAUUGAUCUCUGAUGAUAUUCUUGCUCUUCAUCUUUCCGACUCUGAUUCGAAUCCAGGACAAAGCAAUCUUUUAUUUUAUUAUAGUCCAUCAUUGAGGCAAUUCACUCAUUUACGUUCGCUUUCAUUAUCUCAUCUUCGUUCAAAAGAAAUUCUACUGAAAGUCUCCAUUGAAUUGUCUUAUCUUGUUCAACUUACUCAUUUAAAGUUCUGUGUCUGCUAUAUUCCAGAUUAUAAUGAAACGGAUUUCGAAUUGCUGACGAGUAAUAUCUGGAACUUGCCAAACUUAACUUAUUGUUAUUUCGAUAUUCGUAAUAAAAGACCACAAUCGUUUGUUAUACCAUCAAAGAUCACGUCAUCACUCAAAUAUUUAUCUAUCAUGACCGAGAAAAUAAAGUUGAAUUCAAUCAAUCGAUUGUUUCAAUGUACACCUUAUCUCAAAUAUCUUCGCGCACGUAUUGAUUGUUUGGAACAUAAUGACGAUUAUAUAGGAUCAUCUUUUUCAACAUUGACCAAUUUACAUAUUUUUAUUAUGGCGUCUCAUCCAUCGAAAAUCAUCUCGUUUUUGCGAAAUAUACCGAAUUUACAUCGUCUGAAUAUUAGAAUAGCAACUUGCUACUUCAUUAAUGGUCAUCAAUGGGAAGAUCUCAUACGUAACUAUUUACCAAAACUGAGAACAUUUCACUUAUCAAUGAUAGAUUUAACUAUUGAUCCAUUAAUGACAGAGGAACGAAUUAAUGAAUUAAUGAAUUCAUUUCGUACUUCAUUUUGGAUUGAUGAACGUCGGUGGUUUGUUCGAUAUAUGAGUAAAAAAUACUUUAUUCGUUUUGGAACUGUGUCGAAAGCAUUUGAUUUUAUUGGUGACACGCUUCCUAGUGUGUUUAAAUCAACAGAUUCACAAGACAGUAUUGAAAAACUUUAUACUACUAUGAGUAGAAUCUCGGAUGUGACACUUGCCAAUCAAUCAAUUGCAUCGAAGAUUUGUUUUCCAAAACUUAAUUCUCUUUCAGUAAAAUGUCCUAUUAAUGAUCAAUACUGGUCGAUGAUCUCAAAUUUACAUCAAGUUUCAUCACUUUCAUUACAUUUGUCUACUGAUUUUUCACAAUCCGAAUUGCAAGCUUUUCUCGAUCGAAUGCCUCAUCUUCGUACAUUGAUUAUUCAUCAAGAUGCAUCAUUACCUUUCCCAAUGGCAAUAUUUAAUUGUACAUUUCCAUCAAUUCAUUAUUUGCAUUUAGAAAAUUGUAAACAUUAUUUCAAUGAAGAAGACUGUACUAUAUUAAGUCAUUCUUCAUUGACGAGUCAGUGUAAACAACUAGACAUUCUAGUAAAGAAUCGUCAAAGUAUUAUUAUUCUUAUUAACAAAAUGACCAAUCUUUGUGCAUUACGUGCUCGUUUUACGGAUGAAAAGAUCUUUGAAUAUGAGCCUUCAAGAAUGCGUCAUAACGUUACUGAUGAAACUAUCCUAUGCAAAGAUGAAGAUAUUCAAUGGAUGAUUGACCAGUUACCAUCAACCUGUAUAAUAACUAGACAUCCAUUGUGUAUUAAUCAUAUUCGAAUAUGGCUUAAAUAA